AUGAAGUUCACUACCGUUUUGACCGCUGGCGCCGCCGUUGCUGGUGUUGCUGCUGCUCCCGUUGCUGCUCCCGUUGCCCAAGCCGAAGGUGAAGCCACUCUCGGGUUGCUCUCGGGUCUCCUUGGUGGCCUCUUCGGCGGCCGGGGCGGCUGGGGCUGGGGCGGCCAGUCGUCGUACUACUACAGAAAGAAGGUGACCGUGAUCAAGGACCACUACUACAACAACCAUUACUACACCUUCCCCGAUUACUACACCCCCUGUGGGUGCUACUACGACGCUGCCUACGCCGUGUCUGAGGAUGACGCCAACAAGCUUAUCGACGAUGCUGCUUACGCCGUGGAAACUAACACCUCGGUCACUGCUCAACCCAUUGAUGAUGCUUCCAGCGCUCCCGUUGACGCUCCCGCGGCUGAACCUUCUUCCACCUAA